GCAGUUUUUGAGAUUGCACUGAAAGUACAUUUUUACAAUAAUUCUGAGAGUUGGCAAGACGCUCGAGACGCAAAGGUAUGUUCGGCAAAGAAAACAAAAUAUAAAGUUUGGAGUCAGCGAAUAAGAACCCGGUACGAGUAGGUACCAGUACCUAGUGAGAUAUCACCAAGCCACCCCUAUCGCCUCACCAAGCGCUCCCCUUCUAAGCGACCCCGCGAUUGCAGGCCCACCCAAGCCACUCUCCCAAUCCCCGCCAUUAACGACAACAAGCCAAAAAACGUUCAAGCACCACUCAAAACCCUCAUACGAAACAGGAACAAGAAAAGAAAGCAAAGAAAACACCAUCAAUAUGGCACCUCCAACCCCUCUCGCAAUCGCAACCAGUUCCGUGAACCGACUCAUCAAAGAAGAGGCUUCGUACCACAAGGAAUUCUCGAGCCAAGAGGCGCGUCUCGCAAAGCUCCAGGAUAGCACCGAGGAAGAUGAGAAUGCCGAGUAUCAGUUGAAGCAAGAGGUAUUGCCACCCAACUCGUCAUAUUCUGCAUGGCAUCAAGACUGAUACUUUCGUAGCGCACAGCAAUCGAAGAGACCCGCGCUGUCUUUCCGCCCCUCCGUCAACGCAUCGAAGACGCUCUUGAGAAGCUAAAAGACCAGUUGGAGGCAGGACAAGCCAAUGGUGCGAGUGAGGCCGAGAUCACUGCUGCGACUGAGACGAUAGAGAAUGCCAAAUUGGCUGUUAGCAAGAAAUGAGAAGUUUGCAUGCGUGCAUGUGUGCAUGUGGUGGACGAAUAACGAAAAUGAUACA